UUUUUCACUUUUGCAGUAGUAAAAUACCAGUUCCAGUAUUUUGGUGCAUUAGUUGGUGCGGCUGUAUUUAUUUACAAAUUGUCUUGAGCGGGAAAAAGCAUUGAGGAAAUUGUUGGUUACGCUUAUUUUUAUAAAACAAGAAGUUACGCCAUGUCUGAAACAGGACUACCAGACUAUCUCACCAAGAUCCAGGCCGAGGUCGAGAAGAGCCUGAUGAGCAUAAGCGAUGACGGCGAGAAGGAAUUGGCUCUCAAAGUGUAUCAGACAUGCAAGAUCACCCCUGCGGAUCUGCAUCGAGAGUACAGCCCGGAGGAGGUGAGGGAGCUCUGUUUGCGUACGAAAGUACGCGUCAACCUGAGGAAGCACAACUGCUUAUGGGACGCCAAGGAGUGGCUUGGUCGCCGUUUGGACAAUCGCUCGGAGAGCUACAUCAACCGCAUGCUCAUCAAGUCGGUGGUCAGGAAAAUGGUGCAACCGUACACUGAUGAAGAAGUGGCCCGUAGCAAUCUAAUCAACAGAAGUUGGCUAAAGAAGCGCAACAAUAUUCGACUGGAUCAAUGGAAGAGUGAACGUGAGUCCCAGUCCCAGCCUAUUUCUGUCUCGUCUUUGGUGGACCUUUUAACGCAAUUGGACUCGUCGGGGGAUAUGUUGCAACUGGACACUGAGCACCCUGAGCCGUUACCAGCCACCUUUGCUCAGCCAAUGCCUUUAUCUGUUGUCGAAGACACUGGAGAAUAUUUUUUACAGCCCCUCGCACAGUCAGGCGACUUUGAAAAGCUUUAUAUGGAGAGUCAGCAGGAUUUGUGGGGCAUUUCGGAUGAGUAUGACACUGCGGUAGUGCCACCAGAAAGUUAACUUGGUGGUUCGAUUCUAAAUCUUCCCGAUUGGGUGGGUGUAGGCGGGCCUACAGAUCAACUCAGAUGGCAUAUCUCUGGAGGUCAGCAGACUGUCACAGUCUUAGCCAA